GAAAAGUCCAACUCCAACUUCCCCCACCAUUUCUCCCUUCUUCAAUUUACCUCUGAUCACACGUUUUCAGCUUCACAAGUGCUUGUACUUUCGCUCUCUACACACCGCACAGCUCCUCACAAAGGAAGGGUUUCUACAUUCAUUCAUACACAUGGCCAAUACGGGGCACAACAAUCUCAACGCCAAGCUCGUAUUGCUUGGGGACAUGGGCGCUGGGAAAUCGAGCCUCGUGAUUCGCUUUGUCAAGGGCCAAUUCCUCGAAUUCCAGGAAUCGACGAUCGGGGCCGCGUUCUUCUCCCAAACAGUGUCCGUGAAUAAUGCAACUGUGAAAUUUGAGAUCUGGGACACGGCUGGGCAGGAGAGGUACCACAGCUUGGCUCCCAUGUAUUACAGAGGCGCAGCUGCCGCCAUCAUAGUUUAUGAUAUCACGAGCGCGGAUUCAUUUGGACGGGCUAAGAAGUGGGUGCAAGAGUUACAAAAGCAAGGUAAUCCUAACAUGGUUAUGGCACUUGCUGGAAAUAAAUGUGAUCUUGAAGAUAAGAGGACUGUGACUGCAGAAGAGGCCCGCAUCUAUGCUGAUGAAAAUGGGCUUUUCUUUUUGGAAACAUCUGCCAAAACUGCCGCUAAUGUCAAUGAUAUAUUCUAUGAAAUAGCCAAAAGACUACCCAGAGCUCAACCUACCCAAAACCCAGCAGGAAUGGUUCUCAUCGAUAGACCUGCUGAAGGAUCUCGAUCUGCAUCAUGUUGUGCUUAAGCACUAAUUGACUCUAAGUGCUUUUCCUGGUAUGUCCUCGUCUUGGUAGAUGCUGCAAAGCUUCGUGCCCAAAGUGAUUAUCUUGGUUGUCUGCUGCUUCUCGUUCGAAGAUGUAAAUAAUUAGUUUGUGUGUGUGUGUGUGUGUGUGCUCCCCUAGUGUUUUUAAAUCGUAUUACCGGACCUGUGGUUUCAGAAUCAGAUGUAGUAGCGCACUCUUAUCUGUGUUUUUAACGACUAAUGCUGU